UACCAAAAAAUCAAUCCCUUUUUCAGAUCAUGCUAAUCUAAGUUAUAGUUGCUCUCACAAAAUCAGCCCCAAAAGACCUAUACUCGAUGUCGAAGACCCUCUCCACCAACACCAGCGCUUCUUCUAAAAUCACGACGUAAGCCAUGUUUGCGAGCAGUUGGCGUCCAGCUCCGGAGCAAGUUGUGGUGACAAAGUAUCUGUGUGCCUGGAUGUGCCUGUUAACAUUUUGAAUUCUGAUUUCCUUCGUCUAACCGUGUUUUUUGGAAAUCAUAAACAAGCACCAUGGCUGAGAAAGUGGACAUGUCUCUGGACGACAUUAUCAAGGCGAACCGGGCGGCCUUCAGGACAGGCCGUGGCCGGGGUGGCUUCCGUGGACGCGGCGGACGAGGUGCCGGCAGGGGAGGGCCCCGUGGUAGCGGUGGUAGGCCUGCUCCCCGCAAAUCCGGCUUCAGCAACUCGCCCCGCAAACCGGGCUUCUCCGGCGGCGCUGGCCGCAAGUUUCCACGAGGUCCUGUUGGAAAGGGUACAUCGGGCGAUCGUUGGCAGCAUGACAAGUUCCAGUAUCGUGGAGCGGGCGCAAACAACAACGGUGUUGGAGGAGGACCUGGUGCACGUGAUCAGUCGUCCAAGCUGACCAUCAGCAAUCUCGACUAUGGAGUAUCAGACGCUGAUAUCAAGGAAUUGUUCACGGAAUUCGGUCCCUUGAAGAAGGCGGCUGUUCAUUACGACCGCUCAGGCCGGAGCUUGGGCACAGCAGAUGUCAUUUUUGAAAGGCGCAGCGAUGCACUACGUGCCAUGAAACAAUAUAAUGAUGUCCCUCUUGAUGGUCGUCCAAUGAAGAUCGAGCUUGUCGGUGACAAGCCAUCAGCUGGUGGCGGCGCCGUUGGCGGAGGGCGCGUGCUGGCAGGACGAAUCGGCAAAAAGCCCCGAGGCGGUGGUAGCUCGUUCCGGGGGCAAGGCAACGAAGGCGCGAACAGACGCGCCGGGGGCGGCGGAAAGCAACAGAGCGGUCGCGGAAAUACUCGUGGUGGCCGUAAGGUGCCAGCGAAGACUCCGACAAAAGAGGAACUUGAUGCUGAGCUCGACGCAUACGUCUCGAAGAUGGAUACCGCCUAAAACAUAGAUAUCUAACUGAUCAACACAGACAGGAAAGCACACCAGCCAGCGACAAGACAACGUGUAGGAGCAAAAAAUAUGAGAAAUAACACGGUGAAGGCUGAAAAAGAAGUAAAAACAGGAAGAAAAACUUUGUACAAAGACAACAACAAACAAAAACCCAAAACAAUUGUGUAUAUUUAAUAAUGAAAAGCAAACAAAUAAAUUAUCAAUGUAUACAUAGAACCAUGCAUGAGCAGCAGCAGCAACCAGCGUAUCAUGAAGUUGCUGUGUUGCGCGAGCGUACUCUAAUGCGUGAAAAGAGGACGCAGUUAUACCAAUAGAAUGAUGGAAAAAAACAAGUGGAAAAGCGUGGAAAAAAGUGAAAUAAACACUUAAGUUAUCAUCAUAUAUA